AUGGAAGCCGGUCGGCCUCUGUCUCUGGGGGCUGCCCCCCCUGGGCUUCUAGGUCCCCGUCAGCGUCCUUCUUCCUUCUUGCUGCCACGGACGUCGCCUGUACAUCUGGUUCACCCUUCGCCUUCAUCUUCCUCUGUUUCCUCCUUAUACCGCGGACAUGGAAAACGAGGCGUUGCCGACGAAGGCUCAUGCGACGGUGACCCAGAAGACACUCGAGUUUCAGUGGACUCCAGUGGUACAGGCACAGAUGACGAGGGAGAGACAGACGAGGAAUUCGAUUCAAACAGGACGCGCAUCUCUACCUUUCAGAGGAUAACCAACAUGCGACACAGGUCCUGCCCACCUGCGCUGCAUUCGCCGCUGUCUGAUGUUAUAGUCGAAGACGAACUCAGCUCAGACGGGGCGACAAGAAAGCCCAGACAUGUCUACUUCGCUCCCUCAUCUUCGGACGAAAGCUCUCCGAAAAGCAGUGUGUCUGCGGCCUCUCAGGAGCCAGCGGAUGAUUCUUCAGAUGCUCAUCCGGUCUCUCAUGCUAGGGGGCGGCAUGCCUGCCGCGCUGGAUCUGCUUUUCCGUGGCGUUCCUCUUCGUCGUCUGAUUGUUCCUCUGCUGCUUCUUUCUCACCUUCUGGAUCAUCGAUGUCGGACGCCUCCACUCUCGCGGGUGCCACACAAAAACCUUUUGAUCUGCAUGCACAAUCCCCUGGGGGGGAUUCAUGGCGUCUCGCCGAAUCCGCUGUUUCUAGGCCUUCAAAGGCACUCCUACGCCCGCCACCCGCUGCAACAAGAUCCCCUGUUGGAAUCGCGCGUCCUGGCUGCAUGAAAAAACCUAGCUUGAAUCCAUCGUGUUUGUCUUCUUUUUCUGGAGGUCAUGUGGCGUCGUCACUCGGUCCCCCUCCAGGUCUUCGCUCUGCUGCGUCGUCGACGUCGCUGGCGUGCAUGCAACUCCCAGAGCUUCGAUGUGAGACUCGACGCCUGCGUGUGCGUUUUGCCGAAACGACCGUACACGCAUCUGGGGCUGAAGAGACAGACAAGGGGACCCCCCACAUGAGUCCGAAAGAGUCUCUCAUGUCGCCGCCCACUUCGCCUUUGCAAUCCCCGAGCCAGCCUCCUUCACAGUCUCCGCACCAGUCUCCAUCGCAGUCUCCACCCAACUCUCCUUCGCAGUCUCCGCGCCAGUCUCCAUCGCCGUCUCCGCCCAGCUCUCCUUCGCCGUCUCCGCGCCAGUCUCCAUCGCCGUCUCCGCCCAUGUCUCCGUCACAGUCUCCGCGCCAGUCUCCAUCGCCGUCUCCGCCCAGCUCUCCUUCGCCGUCUCCGCGCCAGUCUCCAUCGCCGUCUCCGCCCAUGUCUCCGUCACAGUCUCCGCGCCAGUCUCCAUCGCAGUCUCCGCGCCAGUCUCCAUCGCAGUCUCCGCGCCAGUCUCCAUCGGAGUCUCCGCGCCAGUCUCCUUCACAAUCUCCGCGCCAGUCUCCUUCACAGUCUCCGCCCAAGUCUCCAUCGCAGUCUCCACGCCAGUCUCCUUUGGAGUCACCGCGUCAACCGCGACCUGGGGCAAGAAAACAGGAGUCAAAAGAAGAAAUCAAGGAACGUCCAAAGGCCUUUGGACGCCCGAAGAGCCUCACCAAGUCCGAGGAUCCCGCAGUCCUUGCCUCCGACGACAAGACAGCAUCCGUUGUCGAAGCGCCUGUGGAAACCCAAGGAGUGAUGAGGAGUACAAGCAGGCUGCUUAUGGAUCAAGAAGGAAGCAGCAUGCGCCCGAAGAGGAGUGAGUCGUCCUCCGUAGAGGCACGAUCUCGUUCUGGCCGACAGGGCCUGGCUAUUUGCGGUCCACGGCUGGCGUCGGGGAAGAGCGUUCAGAGCUUGCGGUCGAUGAACUCUUUGGCGUCGAUCGCGGCAAAAACCUCAGGGGCAACGAGUCCCGAGGUGGGGCAGUCCCAGCGAGAGAUCACGGGCGCAUCGAUGGAGACGGAGCCCCCGCUUGCCGCAGAGUGGCCCAGCGCCAAGAAUGACAAGCCAGGGAGCACCAUCGCCUCUUCUAGCAGAGUGCCGCCAGACCCCAGUUCGGCCAAACCCACAAGAGGAGACAUCAAGUUGUCUCCAGAGGCCAUAUUGGAGGCUGAGGAAUCAAUAAACGACAGAAGUGAAAACGACAAAACAAACACGGAUGGCGAUGCGUCCCCGCAGUCUCCAAAGACUCCUGUCGACUUGACAACCGGUCACGCAGAAGCCGAUGGCACGAGGAUUUGUCCUGACGGCGCAGACGAGAGUGCAGAGGCCAGCGAAAUGCCGCCUGAGACGCAGCGCCCGCUCACUACUGAAGGCGUCACGAAAGUCAGAGAAGAACGCGAACGUGCAGCUGACAAAAGGAAACGACAUGAGAAGCACAUGCUGUCGACGCAGGCCACUCUGCGUCUGCAUAUCGCGUCGAUCACGAACCUCCAAACAAGCGGCGUAGUGCCUAAACGCGGGGGAUAUCCUCUGCCUCAGCGCGCUCGGGGAGGAGUCUCUGGCGCCAAUGGCGCUUACGGACUCGCUCCGUGUUUCACCAUUUGCACGGUGGCGUGGUUUCCAGAAGAAGAUCCUCUCGAAAUUCUUGGGUUCGCCCAGGGGGCUUCUUGGCUCCCGGGGUGGGGACUGCGUGUGUCCAGUGCCGUCAACACGCGGCCGAGUGCGAGACCUGGGGCAAUCUGUCUGGACGACGCCGAGGUGCAGCAAGAGUUAAACAUUCCAAUUUCUAUCCUUGAGAGCCCCUGGCAACAAAGGAUGCUGGCUCUCGAACUCGGGAGCAACUUCUCCCUCGGAGUGCCGGAGGCGACUCCUGCGUCCUCGACUGGAAUGAGCGGGAAACAGGCCGUGAAGGCCGUGAUGAAACGGGUCUCUCAGGCCUUCACCCUGUGGCCAUUCCUGCUCGUCUCCGUGAUUCAAAUCCAUCCAAAACUCUCGCACUCCUUAACCAUUGGAAACAGUCCCUUUCGGCCCGCCCCUGUUGGCACUCAACCGCAAAACGCAAUUGGUCCUCCGCAGCGCGUGCGCUAUCCGACGAAGUCUCCUGUGACUGUAGUCGGAACGGCGAUUUUGCCGCUGAAACAGAUACAUGAAGGUAGCGGCGUACUCGUGGAUCGCCACCAACUUCUCUUCAUGGACAUCGACAAGGCACCGCCCGUUGCAGUGCAUUCUGACGGCAGCUUGACGUACUUACAGGCCUGCCGGCUCUUUCGCCACGACGUGAUUCGUGAAAUGAUAUCGACGUACCGCGAAGGCCUGAAGCGCCUGGAGCCCGUCAGCCUGCUUUCUGUCAUCGAGGCAUACUCUGGGCGGCUAUCGCCGGUUGGAGAAAUUUUCGUCACGCUGAAUCAAUUGAAGCCUCUGACGAUUAACUGGGGUCCCGUACUGGGCCGACGCUGGUCCCAUCCGGAUGCACGCAGAGCAGGCGAUGUGGGCGACCGCAAGGGCUCCAGGGGAAAGACCGCUCACACGAGGAGACUCAAGGACGCAGGCGACAACCUUCAAGAGGAGAAAAAUGCUCCCGUCGGCAGCUACCCGGUGGCGCAUGCUGUGUGGAUCGAAAUUCGGAAGGUGGUGAAUGUGCCGAUAUACGGCUUGACCUUUCGUCAGAUCUGCGAGGCCGAGUUGUCUGUGGUGGCGAUGUGGGAGGCGGAGCGUGCAUGUGCGGCGAUUUUGCGACGAAAAUCCCGGAAGAUCACGGCAGUGACAAGAUGCGAAGUUCAGCCGCUGAACAUUUCUGCAAUUGAGCGCAUGAGCGGGUCCGAGGACUCGCUUCUCUCCUGCUACAUUCGCGGUCAGGUCUGUCUCCCUGUUUACCCGGGACUGGACCCCAGCGUGGUUCUCUAUCUCUGCUUGAAUGGGCACAUCUACGCGACUCUGGCGUCCCCGCUGAACCUCGCUGCCUUCUCGCCUGAGAGCGGGCUCGGCGGCCACCAGGAGCUGCGGAAAAAGGAGGGCACAGCGCAACUGCGAAAUGGAAAAGCGGAGCGCGGGCCUCUUUCGGGGCCAGGCCAGACAGGGCGCUGGCGAGCGCCGGUAUCUUCGCGAACACCUUUGCAAAACGAGGACGCGAACGGCUCUUUGGCCGCGACCGAUGAGGACGAUGAAUCUGAGAAGUCGGAACCAGACAACGUGGAACACACCACAGACGAGUCGUCUUUCCGAGCCUACAAACUCCGCAGCUUCGUCCCAGAAGGGCCUCAAGGCGAUGCCCGCAGAUUCGCCUACAGGCUGUACUGCGGACAAAUCGAGCUGCGAGUUUUCCCUUGUCCCGCCAAUGGGUUGUUUAUGACUGCGGCAGAGUUCGCCAAGUUGAACAUCGAGGGACGCUCGAACUCGGGGCCGAGCAUGCAGCUAUGGCCUGACUCGCCGAAUGAGUACGGCGCCCCGGUGAUUGGGCCGUUUGGGAAGUGGACUGCGUUCGCAGACGAUUUCGAGGGAAGGCCAGGACUCGAGAAUCUGGAAGGCGGCGUGGAAGAAGACGAAGAGGCUCCAGGCUCUCCCAUGGGCUCUCGCCCGGUGUGUGCCUUCUUCAGUCCAGCCCCAUCGCACCUGCAGCCGCUUCCUGGAACACCUGAUGAGAUGCGUUCCGACAGCGAUGUCGCCUCGGCGUCGUCCGAAGCCGAACCCACUCCGACCUCGCUUUCUAGGCCUUCACCUGUCGAAUCCAUGUCUCCAGGCCGAGCAACGCAUCGAGGAGGCGCUCGCGGAGGCCUCGGAACCGUGCCGCGGGGCGCAGGUCCGGUCGACGCCCAGAUGUGUGUAGCGGAGGGAGCGAACUUGACGGUAGGACAUGUGGGAGAGUGGAACAUGUUUGAAGUGAGGGUGCGAAACCGGCGAGGCGAAGAAGUCGCAGACGCCGACGGCGCUGUGGCUCUUUGCUUCUCGCCCUUGGGAGAGCCUCAGUACUCGUUCGUCGCAGAUCCGACUUCGAGUCUCUCCGUGGAUGCCUACCGCAUGGACACCAUGCUGAUUGGCGGAGGCAGAGUGGGCGUGAUCACCAAGACCGAGCUGACGAGCCUCACGCCGGAGUGGGCAGUUGAAAAAACCGAGGGAGACUGCGUGUAUCGCGUCAAGUACAGACACACCCGCCCCGGCUUCGUCCUCAUGCACGUGACCUACGAAGGGUUGGAGAUCGCAGGGUCGCCCUUCGAGGUCCAUUUCAUUCGCGGAAAAGCUGUUGCUGAGGCAUGCCGAGUCAUCGGCCAAGGUGCCAAGACGUGUUUCGCCUCCCCUUCACCGCACCUCCAACUGCCUUAUGUGAAUGCCGAGGAAGCGCGUGCUCUCAUCGACCAGCGCGCGAGAGAAGAAGCCUGGAAAACGGGGGUCGAGGGAAAGGGGGAACCCCCAAAGCCUGCAGUUCUCAACAACUACGUCAACCAGUUUGUCGUCGCCGUAUGCGACGAAAUGGGCAACCGCGUCUCCAUAGGUGGACACCGUGUGAGUGUGCGAGGAUCGCGGGGGGCGAAAAUUCUGCAAGUUGUUGACGAAGGCUGUGGGACGUACAGAGUCGACUAUGCGGUGUAUCUCCCCAAGACGCCCUUGCAACAGAUCGACGUUGGACUGCUGGAGAAAAUCGACUCAUAUGCGUGGAUCACGCAGGCGCAGCCUGACGUGUUUGUUCCCGGCAUUGCCGAGGCAUACGAGCACAUUGAAUCCUUGGAACUCCCCAUCCACACUGAAGCAGAAAUCGAGGUUCUUUUGAACGAACAACCGAUUUUCGGGUGUCCCUUCAAAGUGCGAAUCUGCAACUUCGUCGAAGUCUUCAACGCCUACGCCGAACUCGACCGUCGCUCUCUUCUCGGCCAGCAGGUCUGUGCGUUCGAGCGCGUACUGGAAGAGGGGAACUACGAGGAGGCGACAUCUAUGCUGUGGAAGGUGCAGGACAUGGCCGACGAGAAGCAGCUGAAGGAAGAAGUCGUGAAAGUUCUGGAAAAUCUGGUCCGCAAGCAGCUCGAGCGUGAAGACGCCCAAAAGCGAGAAGCUGAAGAAGGAGGCUGCACAUAUUUGCUCGAAGAGACGUCGAAGGACAGGGAAGAAAAACGCAGAAGAGAAGUCGAGGAAAUCAGGUCUCAGUGGGAAGAUAUCCACCUUUUAAGAGAGCUUUUGCUUCGCUUGAACAAGAACUGCACCGACAGGGAGUCGCUGGUCCACAAGUUUACGCUGUCGAUGGUCGGUCGCCUUCAGCUGACCGAAAUGUGUAAUUUGCGAAUCUUGGCGGAGCACCACAACAUGCAACGCCUGCAGCAGGAGAACUUGAUGCCUCUGGCCGAAGUUCUCCAAGCUCAGUACAUUUCCUUGUUCAGACAGAUGACCCAAGAAAUCGUGGCUCUUGUCAAGGAUGUCGAAGAUAACAAGUUCCAAAACCUUGAGGCUCUCCUUCAGGCCUACAGGCGCAUCGGAGUUCAGCUGCGCCGCCUUCACCGAUAUCAGUUGGCAGAUCAAAUGGACCAGAUUAUCGAGUGCGUCGUGGAGGAGAUUGAACUGCAGAGACUGGCAAGCAUUGCACGUGCUAAACAAGAGAAAAUACAGGAAAUCGAGAACGUAAUUGCGGCGAAGGAGCAGGCGUUGGAGGCGGAAAAAAAGAAAUACGACGAACACGCAAAGACAUUCCAACCCCUCGACAUGGACGAAGUCCGGGCGCUCAUCACAACGAGACGUCAAGCAGGAGUGCAAACGGAAGACGCUCUUUCUCUUCGUCAGGGGAUUUUCGGUCCACUCAUCGUGGCACGGGCGACGGGGCAGCAUGUCCCCAAGGCGUCCACUGUCGUCACGACAGUCAAGAAAGAAUGGAGGUCUUGCAAUGUGUAUGACAUCCAUACGACCAUAAAGCGCCUUCUGAAAAAUUGCCCUCGUCUUAAGCAUUGCUUGAAAGAGGUGUUUCUGUAUUACGCGAAAGUCAGUGAAGCAAACGUGACGGACCUUCAGAGCGACGGACUUCCCGUCGGGCUUCCCCAGCUCUCCUUUCUUCGCUUCUGCAACGACGCUCGCGUUGACGAGCACUUGUUGGCCGAUCGAACCGAGCUACAGGAUCUUUUCGAGAAAUUCAGCAUCGAACCCGACACUGGCCGCAUUCGAGCUGACGGUUUUCUGCGUGUCAUUCCAGUGUUUCUCUGGCUCCCCUGCCUCAGAGAACUCGCGUAUCUUGACCUUCUUCAUGUGAUAUGUCGAGAGGCUUUGGACAAGGGCGAGGCUCCUCGGGUGGCGUUGCGUCGCGCACAUCCGUCGCGCUUAACGGCCUUCCACUUUUUCUGUCGAGCGCGAUUCCUGCCGCUCUACGAUAUGCUGUACAACAAUGACGACUUCAGGAUAUCGACAAGCGUGAUUAUGGAGUCAGCUGCAGGGGACGUUCUAAGCACGACUGCGGAGUCUCGCGAGAGCAAUACGAAACACAGCAUUUGGACGUACGCACACGAGCGGCUGCCAGGUGACGUGUUUGCCAUGCUCAAGCUGGAACCUGUUGAGCACCUUUUCGUUUUCUAUAGUGAGUUGUCUGCGCAGCCGGCGCUCGGUCGCGCCCGCGCUGAGGCGACUCUCCCCACGGCUUCAAAGGGCUCGGUGGCGCCUGCAAAAAAAGGAGACGGCGCGGAGACAAAACGGCCGCCCAAGGCCUCGCCGAAGGGCCAGGAGCCGCAGCGCCCGAAACCCAAGGCGCAGGUGACUGGAAGGCGCUUCGUGGCCCAAACGUCUCUGGAGGAGACAGGGGCGGAGCACGUCUCCACACGCGCCUGGGUGUCGCUCGGAGUGCUCAUUCAAAUGUGGAGAGAGUUCUCUGUGAUCCCCGGAUUCAUCGACUGCGAUGCCGCCAUGUCGAUCGCUCGCGUCGCGAUUGGAGGUUCCAGGGGGAAGAAAAACGCGGUACGCAAAACCGCAGAUUCUCAAGACCCGGGCGGUGGUGAUACUGGCGUUCCAAACGCGAAAGACUCUGCGGCCGAAGAACCAGAGUUCCGGAGACUCCUCUCGAUGCCCGAAAUUCAAGGAGACACACGACGAGGACCAAACGGAAAGCUAAGGAAAGCCGCGCCUUCACCUGAAGCUGAAGUGGGCCGACUGUACUUCCCGAACUUCGUGGAAGCAGUCGUCAACACGGUUUGCGAGUGCACAGCGCGUGCCUUGGUUCAAGAAGGGGACUCAAGCGUUCCGCCGGGAUCCCGAGAGGCGACGUCGGCAGAAAUUAAGAAGAAAGCUUUCUUUCUGUUGCACUUGUUUGGAAUCAACGACGUGUCUCGCAUUCUCCUCCUCACUCGUCGUCCUUUGCGAGAAGCGGUUCGCACUCCAGCAAAAGACGAAACGCAGAAUUCAGGAGUUCCCAAUGCUCCCCCGGGCACCUAA